AUGGGCAAAUCACAGUCAAAGCUCUCGCAAGAGCAGCUCUCUGAGUUGCAGAAGUCGACCCAUUUCGAUAAGAAGGAGUUGCAACAGUGGUACAAGGGAUUUCUCAAGGACUGCCCCUCGGGAACGCUCACCAAGGAGGAGUUUCAAAAGAUCUACCGCCAGUUCUUCCCGUUUGGCGAUCCGAGCUCGUUUGCCGACUACGUGUUCAAUGUCUUUGACAGCGACAAAUCCGGUACUAUCGACUUCAAAGAGUUCAUCUGCGCUCUGAGCGUUACGAGCCGUGGCAAGAUGGAGGACAAGCUGGACUGGGCCUUCCAGCUCUACGACAUAGACGGCGACGGCAAGAUCAGCUACGACGAGAUGCUGCAAAUUGUCGAAGCCAUCUACAAGAUGGUCGGCUCCAUGGUGAAGCUCCCCGAAGACGAAGAUACCCCCGAAAAGCGCGUGCGCAAGAUUUUCCGCAUGAUGGACAAGGACGAGAACGGUAGCCUUGACAUGGAGGAAUUCAAGGAGGGCAGCAAACGUGAUGAGACGAUCGUGUCCGCCCUUUCCCUUUACGAUGGCCUUGUCUGA